AUGGUUACAACCCCCCGAGCCGGCGGCUCCCAAGGCUCCUCAACCGGCGCCCCGGGCAUCCCAGUUCCCACGCAAGAUACCCGAUCACACUACGAUCCCGCCACGACUGGAUACAACCCUGCCACAGGCGCCUUAUACUCGAAAACAAAACCCGCAGCAAGCCAGCCCCACGAAGGAACCUAUAACCCGAACAUACCGUCAAACAGCUACGAUCAAAUGGCAACACAGGACGACCGGAUCCAGUAUGCGCCGAGUACCGUGCAGCGGGCUGAGAUGGAAGAAGCGGCUGCGACGUCGAAGACGGAUAACGCAUCGGAAUCGAGGGCGAUCAGGGCUAGUGAGGAUCUUGGACGGAAGGUUAGGGGUGUUGGGGCCAGUGUUCAUGGUGCUGGAGAGUCGCUUCGAGGAGCGCUGAAUGCUGCUGUUGAUCGGACGUUUGGAUCUGAAGAAGGUGCUGCGCGGAAUGAGGAGAUUGCUCGUCGGGGCGAGGGGGAGAUUCGGACGGGGGAGUUUGCUAAGGGAGAUCCUCGGAUUCGGUAG